CGUGUCCUCUCACUUCGUUGACGCCAUUGUUGAGGGUGGGUUGCAUCAGUGGCGUUAAACGUCUUCCCUUAGCACGGUCUGUACAGCGGACAACAAAUGAAGGUGACCAGUUGAAACCCUGUUACCGUGACGAUGUUGAGACGCUUAUUCACCGUGCACGGCCUGUUCGUGGCCUCCCACCCCCUAGAGGUGAUCGUGGGCACGAUUGCUCUGACCAUCUGUCUCAUGUCCAUGAACGCCAUCGCCGGGGUCGACCAAAUCUGUGACUGGAAGCACCAAUGCCCUAAAGCGCAAGAGAAAAUCCCGAGCAGUGACAUCAUCCUCCUAACGGUCACCAGGUGCACGGCCAUCAUCUACAUCUACGUGCAGUUUAAAAACCUCAGGCAGCUCGGCUCCAAGUACAUGCUCGGCAUCGCCGGGCUCUUCACCGUCUUCUCCAGCCUGGUCUUCAGCAUCGUGGUCAUUCAUUUCCUCGGCAAAGAGCUCACAGGCCUCAAUGAAGCUCUGCCUUUCUUCCUGCUGCUGAUCGACCUGUCUAAAGCCUGCACGCUGGCCAAGUUCGCCCUCAGCUCGAACUCUCAGGAGGAGGUGAGGGAGAACAUCGCUCAGGGCAUGGCCAUCCUGGGGCCGACCUUCACCCUGGACGCCGUGGUGGAGUGCCUGGUCAUCGGAGUCGGAACCAUGUCUGGCGUGCGUCAGCUGGAGCUUGUGUGCUGUUUCGGCUGCAUCUCGGUCCUGGCGAACUACUUCGUCUUCAUGACCUUCUUCCCAGCCUGUGUCUCUCUGGUGCUGGAGCUUUCCAGAGAGAGCAGAGAGGGACGACCUAUCUGGCAGUUGAGCCAGUUUGCUUGCGUCUUAAAGGAAGAAGAAGACAACAAGCCCAACCCUGUCACACAGCGCGUCAAAAUCAUCAUGUCUCUAGUGUUGGCGCUGGUUCACGCACACACACGCCUGCUUGCUGAGUCUCCUUCCAACAACUCGUCCGGCUCGGCUGUGGAUCUGCCCAGCCCCAACAUGGACGCGCACACACCCAUGACCAGCUUGGACAUGGAGCAGGUCAUCACUUUGUCUCUGGCUCUGUUGCUGGCUGUGAAGUACGUCUUCUUCGAGCAGGCGGAGACCGAGUCCUCGCUGUCGAUCAGAGCCCCGCAGACCUUCCUGUCCAAUAGGAAAGCAGGAGAGGAGUGCUGUAGGUGGGACGCCACGUUACCCAGAAUCCCACACGCGGCAAACGCCAGCACGGCACCGCUUUCAGUUCCAGACACGACAGAUAAAGAGCCUUGUCAGCGGGCCGUGUUUUUGGAGCAGUCGUGUCCUUCUGCUCAGAGACGUACGUCCGAGGACGAGACAGAGGAGAGAGAAACACAGACUCCGCCUCGUCCUCUAAACGAGUGCCUGAGCGUCCUAAGAGACCUGCAGCAAGGUCCACGAUGCCUGAGUAACGCAGAGAUAAUAGCGCUGGUGGAGAACAAGAGAAUUCUGGGAUACCGCCUAGAGUCGGAGCUGGAGACUCCAGAGAGGGGCGUGGCUAUCAGAAGGGAGAUGUUGGCGAGUAAGUUGCCCCGCCCCUCAGCCCUGGAGAACCUUCCCUAUGCAGGCUACGACUACUCCAAGGUGAUGGGCACGAACUGUGAAAAUGUAAUUGGCUACGUGCCCAUGCCUGUGGGCGUGGCUGGGCCUCUGUUAUUGGAUGGGAAGGAGUUUCAUGUUCCCAUGGCGACGACGGAGGGAUGUUUGGUAGCCAGCACCAACCGAGGCUGCAGGGCCAUCACUCUCUCGGGUGGAGCGAGUGGGCGUGUCCUGGCUGACGGUAUGACCCGAGGUCCGGUUGUUCAGCUGCCGUCAGCGUGUAAAGCCGCAGAAGUGAAGUCCUGGCUGGAGAGCUCCGACGGAUUCAGUGCCCUUAAACAGACCUUCGACAAAACCAGCAGGUUUGCUCGGCUCGACCGGAUGCAGGUCUGUCUGGCUGGCAGGACCCUCUACAUCCGCUUCCAGUCUCAGACCGGUGACGCCAUGGGCAUGAACAUGCUGUCUAAGGGUACAGACGAGGCGCUACGCAGGCUGCAAGAACAGUUUCCUGAGCUGCGCGUGUUAGCCGUCAGUGGGAACUACUGCACCGACAAAAAACCCGCAGCCAUCAACUGGAUCCACGGCCGAGGGAAAUCCACCGUGUGCGAGGCCACGAUCCCGGCUAAAGUGGUGCGAGAGGUGUUGAAGACGAGCACCGCGGCUGUGGUGGAGUUAAACAUCAGUAAGAACCUGGUGGGGUCGGCGAUGGCGGGUAGUAUAGGCGGCUUCAACGCGCAGGCCGCUAACAUCGUGGCAGCGGUUUACAUCGCGUGUGGACAGGACCCAGGUCAGACCGUAGGCAGCAGUAACUGUAUCACUCUGAUGGAGGCUGUCGGUCCUGACAAAGAAGAUCUGUAUAUUUCUUGCACGAUGCCGUCUAUAGAGCUGGGCACCAUUGGAGGGGGCACAAACUUACCCCCACAGCAAGCCUGUUUGCAGAUGCUGGGCGUCCAGGGUGCGAGUGAAGAGCGCCCCGGGGAGAACUCGCGCACUUUGGCGCAGGUGGUGUGCGCGGCGGUAAUGGCGGGAGAGCUCUCGCUCAUGGCUGCUCUCGCUGCUGGACACCUCGUUAAGAGUCACAUGACCAUGAACAGAUCAAAAGUGAACCUUGCAGAAAUGGGCAAAUCGACAACGAAGGAUCCUUCCUGAUGGUGCAUUCUGGGACGCGAGAGUCUACGCUAGCUACAUUUUAAAAGACUGACGAUAAAAGACCGACUCUCAGGACGUUUAUUUUCGUUUUUAUUUUACGUCAGAAGCAUGCAAGCAAAAGACAGAGAAAUAAAUCCUUCUGUUUGGGCUUCUGGAGCAGCUUUGCACUAACGAUGAAUGUCUGUAUGCGCUAACAGCAAAGUAUUGUGACGCGGUGAAGCACUGUGAUGGAAUCAUCAAGCGUCGGGACGGCGGACGUUUGCUUUAAUCCAGGUUUAAAGGUCGACGAUGAAAGCUGUGGUUUACUGUGCGACGGUCGCAUCAUUACUACAAGCAAACUUGGUGGUACACUAAAUUCUAAGUGGGUGUGUGAGAACAUGCUAACAGUCAGAGAGUGUAAUUAAAGUGUGUUUAAUUCACUGGAUCAUGAAGAAAAUGAUAGAAAACACGCUGGAACUACAGAUAAUAAACUCGACUAUAAAUGGAUAAUUGUUUAUCAUCCAUGAAAUCCGUUAUCGCGGCUGUAACGUUCUGUCCGUUACCCAUGUCGUGUUUUUUUAAAUUUUUUUUAUCUUUAACCGUACACAAACCCACACACAGGUGCAGACACAGAAGUUCUGUCUGCUAAACAGUGAAGCCGCUCGGUUUCAUCAACCAUGUUCAGUUUUUAUUUAUUAAUUUAAAUUCAACCGUGGCUGUAUUAUACUUUUAUUAAAUUAUGAGGGGGAAAAAAAUAAAGAGUAAAGAGUACAGUGCUGUGACACGGGUUUGAUGCACGGGUUUGAUGCAAAGUGAAAUGUUUUUAAAUCUGUUUGGAUUUAUUUUUAUUUUAGGAUCACUUUAAAAAUAAAGUUCUCAUUAUUCAAAAAUAA